AUGGAACAGGGAACCGUGUUAAAACCGAAGCGUGGUGAAGAACUGGAAUUCAAUAUCGAAGACAACCCAUUUGCCUUCUCGCCAGGACAACUCUCGCGGCUUACGAAUCCGAAAAGUCAUGCCGCCCUCCUUGCAUUGGGCGGAUUGGCAGGUCUGGAGAAGGGACUGAAAACGGACCUCCGCGCUGGACUGAGUGUUGACGAAGUACGCCUGACUGAACGAGUCUCUUUCGACGAGGCAGUCCAGGCAAGACCGACCAUGCAGAAGGAAAGGCUACCAAGUGGCUCAGAAGUGCCACGUAAACUCGAAGACAAAAAGCAUAACCGCUUCACAGAUCGCAAACGCGUGUUUGGCGAAAACGUACUCCCGGAGAAAAAGCCAAAAUCAAUCUGGAGACUCGCCUGGAUCGCUCUGCAAGACAAAGUACUGGUCUUGUUGAGUGUUGCUGCCGUCGUAUCCCUCGCGCUAGGCCUGUACCAGACGUUCGGACCCACACACGAAGAAGGCGCGAAAGUGGAAUGGGUGGAAGGAGUCGCCAUCAUCGUCGCCAUCCUGAUUGUUGUGAUUGUCGGCGCGUUGAAUGACUGGCAGAAGGAGCGACAGUUUGCGAAACUUAAUCGGAAAAGAGAAGAUAGGCUCGUUAAGGUCGUCCGAUCCGGUGGGACGAUGGAAGUGUCCAUCCAUGACAUCAUGGUGGGAGAUGUAAUGGUGCUUGACCCAGGAGAUGUCCUGCCCGUGGACGGGAUCCUUAUCGAGGGACAUAACGUCAGCUGUGAUGAAGCCUCGGCAACUGGGGAGUCAGACCUCAUCAAGAAAACACCUACAGAUAACGUUGUCACUACACUCCAAGAAGGGAAAGGGAAUUUAAAGAAGCCUGAUCCAUUUAUGAUCUCCGGCACCAAGGUAGCCGAAGGUGUUGGUACCUUCCUGGUCACUGCAGCUGGCAUACACUCUGUGUUUGGGCAUACGAUGGUGUCUCUGCGCGAGGAGACAGAUUUGACACCCCUGCAGUUCAAGCUAAGUUCUCUUGCCGGAUACAUUGCAAAGAUUGGCAGUGGGGCUGGUCUGCUUUUGUUUGCCGUUCUUCUAAUCGAGUUUCUUGCCAGACUCGGUGGAGACGAUGGAAGUGCGGAUGAGAAAGCCCAACACUUCAUGAACAUUCUUGUCACGUCGAUUACAAUUAUUGUGGUCGCCGUUCCGGAAGGCCUACCACUGGCGGUUACCCUCGCCCUGGCAUUCGCGACAAAGAGGAUGACGAAGGACAACAAUCUAGUCCGGCAUCUUCAAUCCUGUGAGACAAUGGGAAAUGCAACGGUUAUCUGCUCAGACAAGACGGGAACAUUAACCAAGAACGUCAUGACGGUGGUAGCAGGGACAAUAGGGGCAGAAACGCUAUCCUUUGGCGAUCGAGAUAAGGCUACUGAAGAGCCGAGUACUGCCUCGACUACAUCGCUCCAUACUAGACCUGCAGAGAGACCUCGCCUAUCCUACGAUUCAUCCGAUGCGGCAAUGCCACCAGCGACUCGCACUACGUGUCUACAGGAUUCCGAGACGAAAAUCCUGUCAAGACUUCCUCCACUGCUACGGGAACUACUAAAGCAGUCGGUUGUCGUCAACACUACCGCAUUCGAAGGGGUCGAAAAUGGGGCAGCAACCUAUAUAGGCUCUAAAACUGAAACUGCACUCCUCGACUGGGCCAACCGGUACUUCACACUGGGACCGCUAAGCGUCGAGAGGUCGAACUACCCUUUGGUGGAACUGUACCCAUUCGACUCUCGCCGCAAAUAUAUGGGCGCCGUGGCCAAGACAUCAAGUGACAAGUACCGCUUAUUUGUCAAAGGAGCUCCGGAGAUCGUGCUGGAACAGUGCUCCACUGUUCUUGGCGAGCCUUUGGAUCAGCUAGGACAUGCUCCCCUGGACGCCACACGGAGGAAGGCACUGAUGAAAGUUAUAUUGACAUAUGCGUCCCGCUCCUUGCGGACGAUAGCAAUCGCAUAUACCGAGUUUGACCUGUGGCCGCCGCCAAGAACAGCGAGCGCAAAUCCGGACGUGUCUGACCAGCCACAAACAUCAGAUGUCUUUAAGCAUAUGACUCUCUUGUGCAUCGUCGGGAUCCAGGACCCAGUUCGCGAUGGCGUACCUGUAGCGGUGAAAGAUUGCCAACGUGCGUCGGUAGCUGUCAAAAUGGUGACAGGCGAUAACAUCGAAACAGCAAGAGCUAUUGCCAAGGAGUGUGGCAUUCUCAGGGAUGACGGUGUGGUAAUGGAAGGCGCCCAGUUCCGCGAGCUCGGCAAGCAACAGCUACAAUCAGCAGCCCAGCGUCUAUGUGUUCUUGCACGGUCCAGCCCGGACGAUAAACGCAUCCUAGUCAAAGCUUUGAAGGAGCUCGGGGAGGUGGUCGCGGUCACGGGAGACGGUACGAACGAUGCGGCAGCCCUAAGAGCCGCCGACGUAGGGUUUUCAAUGGGCAUUACAGGAACUGAAGUCGCCAAGGAAGCCUCCGACAUAAUCCUCAUGGACGACAAUUUCUCAUCUAUCGUCAAAGCCUUAGCCUGGGGCCGCACGGUAAACGACUCUGUGAAAAAAUUCCUCCAGUUUCAAAUUACCGUUAACAUCACGGCUGUUAUACUCACUUUUGUCUCGGCAGUUUCGGAUGACGACGAAACUUCCGUCCUUAAUGCGGUUCAGCUGCUUUGGGUCAACCUAAUCAUGGACACCUUUGCUGCGUUGGCUCUCGCUACGGAUCCCCCAGUCUAUACAGUGCUCGAUAGGAAGCCCGAACCUAGAUCCACACCAUUAAUCAAUGUCACAAUGUGGAAGAUGAUCAUUGGCCAGUCACUCUAUCAACUCACGGUUACAUUCAUCCUCCACUUCGCCGGGCCGGGUUUUCUGUAUUAUCCUGCAGACGAGCAGAAGACCCUGGUCUUCAACGUCUUCGUGUGGAUGCAGAUCUUUAAGCUUGUCAACAGCAGGCGCAUCGACAACAAACUCAAUAUCUUCCAGGGCUUGCACAAAAAUUGGCUGUUUAUGCUGAUGUUCACUAUCAUGGCUGCGGGUCAGGUGUUGAUCGUGUUCAUUGGCGGGGAUGCAUUCGUGGUGACAAGGCUGAAUGGCGCCCAAUGGGCUAUUUCUUUAGUCCUAGGCUUCAUGUCCAUUCCGAUGGGCAUUCUGAUACGACUUAUUCCUGAUAUUGUGGCGGACACACUUAUGCGGUGGAUGGGUAAACUAUGGCGGUGGCUCGUGCCUAAAGUGAUCAGGGAGAGGAAAUUGAGAUCAAGGAGCCUGCUUCCAGUCGAUGAGGCUGGCAAAGUGUUCCUCAGCGUUAGAGAUGAUCUGGCUUUCCUGAAAGCAAUCCGUGGUGGUCGAGUCCGCUUGUUAGGGCAAGGUAUCAAGCACCCCGUCGAGCUGAUGCGUCGCUCAUCGGCAACAUUAGGAUCAUCGAUUCCGCCAAUACACGCCGCCAUUGCCAUGCCUGGCAUAUUGGCAGCCGGCCCUGGAGGACUUUCUCCAUGCCAUCCUUGGUCGCUUCGGUCGGAAGGCCCUGAGUCUAGCCUCGCUUUUCCUGAAAAGAGAUCUCAGGAAGAAACAUAA